AUGUCGUCAGGCUUGAAUAUGGACGGUCACGAGAAGCAAGCUUCCAUGCUAGAAUUAGGUCAAGCGAAGGAGCUUGCCAUUGACUCGGCACAAUCUUCGCCUACGCUUACAGAAGCUCCAGGCGUCAUGCGUCCUGGUUGCUGGAGCCUACGCAGCAUCGCAUGGCUUCCUGACCGUGAUGCAUGGUGUCGAGCGUGGAAUCUUUUGCGUGGAAAGCGCGCUCCUGAAGCGUGUCAGGAGAGCAUGACGUUGCCAAGAUCGAAUCCGAGCAAGACUUCUAGUCAACAGCCAGUGGCUCCACGUACCGUCAUCAGAUCCUUAAAGGAUUUCGCCAGUGCAUACCCCAACCUCGCAAUAUUCUUGGACAGUGAUGAGAGCUUCGCGCUAUACCGCAGGCACGGCUAUAUUCAGACCAGGAUCCUGCUCGAUAAACAGGAUCAAUUGCGGUGCAUUGAGGCAGAACUCGACGAACUCGAUAAUGCUGAACAAUUCGACGAUGCCGACAAUCUAUUUAGCAGGCAAUUCCAAGGUGAGAAACGCAGAAGGAUCCUGCAAACUGCAGAAACCGCUUUCCGCGAAUAUGCUUCACUUCUCCUGGUUGCCAAGGACCUCAUGGCCAUGAAUCGUCCUUCGACGAGCGAGCAUCGAAGUGUAGUCAAUUAUAUGACGGGAAGAUGUCCAGUGGACGAAGCUGAAUCGGCAUACGUUUGGUGUAAGGAAGAUCUCGUCACACUUCGGCCGGGUCGCGAGAAUGCCUGGCUCGAUCGUUGCAUUGAGCGGUUGCUUCGGAUCUUCCAUUGCCCUCCACUGCAGCAUAUUUUUUGCUCCAAGGAUCUAGCUCGCAAGGCAUUCGACAAGGACCAAGUCUACUACUGUAAGGAUCGCAUCAACGCAUGUUCUGUGGGAGUCAUUACGGCCAUGAUCCUGUUCCUACUUAUCGUGCCAAUAUACCUGCUGUUCCACCUCGUCGAAAGCGGUCACAGCCUGAUUAGCGGACAGGCGAACGCAGUCUGUUUUGCAAUACUGCUUGUCUUUACGCUAAUCUUCUCGGCGGUCAUGUCGCUCUUCACAUCCGCAAAGAAACACGAGAUUCUGGGUGCUGCAGCUGCAGCCAUGGCGCCAGCUCAGAAGCCACCAAAAGCGACCGCUGGUACUAACAGCACCGGGCCAGGCACCCUUGCUGAUGAAGCGACUCCCGGGACCGACAUGAACACCACAAGCAUAUCUCAGGCUGCCAAUAGCCGGCUUAGUAUGAAGUGGCAGGAAUGUAUGGGUUAUACGCCAAGAACCAGACGCUAUGAUAAGACUGCAGUGCAGUUGUUGUACUGGGAAGACCGCUACGACGAUUUAAAAGUGAAGGAGGAGAUCGACAAGCUCAGAUCAGUACUCGACGAUACCUAUGGCUUUAAGGUCAAAGAAGAAAAGCUUGUAGAGGCUUCACCUAAUGGGGAGAGAACGCCACAGCAGCAGGUUACUCUUUGUUUGUCGAAAUUCGUCUACGAGGAGGGCUGCCAUCGUGGCCUCCUCAUUAUCUACUAUGGUGGUCAUGGCAUUCCUGGCGAGCAAGGCGACGUCAGAUGGGUUGGCAAGCUACGUCCGCCACAGAGUGGAACCAAUGAUGAUCGAGUUUCGAAUAAUGAGCACCUCGAGAGGAACAGUAUAGUAUGGUCCCAGGUCGAACCCAUCAUUAGCAAUAGUGCAGCAGACGUCCUGCUGAUUCUGGAUUGCUGUGAAGCUGGUCGUCUGGUACACCCAAAGCGGCGGACAGCACGAAGUUUUUUCGAAUUCCUUGGUGCUUGUUCCCAAGGAGAAACAACCAGAGCACCUGGUGAAGAGUCGUUCACCGCGGCUCUGACUUCGGCUCUUAGAGAACUAUCCAAGAGAGACAGAGCGUUCAGCACCUUCGAACUUUGGCAACUCAUCAUGGAGCAUCCCAACUUUCCGGGUGAUGAACAGACCCCAGUGCUGAUAGAACGGCGACCCGGAGAGCACAUUGUCAUCUCUCAUAAAGGUGUCGGUCCAGGCUCGGCACAAAAGGCACGCAAGGAUCGUGAGACAAGCGCCAAACCCUUCCAAGAUUUCUUCGACCUUCGCUUCCAUUACAGUGUUCCGAUCAAGCCCAACCACCUUGAGCAGACAGCUUCGUACCUGAAGGAUCACUUCGACUCUGGUGAUGGCGGCUGGCGCCAGAUCGAGUUCUUGGGCCAAGGCCUUCCUCGCCCGGACAUCGUCGGGGAUCCCCUCGUACUGACUACUCCACACGUAGUCAGCGCGAUUCACAACUUCAUGAGACCCAUCAGGAGACGGAGAGACCAUCCAAGCGAUCCUGAUCCUAGUCAACAGAAGCGCUUACAACUCAAGACAACGAUCGAGUUUGAGGACUCGCACCUAGAUGUACCUCACCUCCCUAGAACAAUUCCAGAUGGACUGUCGCCUUCAUCAUCCUUCAUCUAUGACCAAGACACGACUGACGGAGAGUUGUUGGAUGAAGAAGCUCCAGAUGAUGAGACAACCGACCCCGAAGUGACAAACCAAGCGCCGAACUGUCCAGGCUCCGUCCACCCGAAGAACAAGAAGUUUGGCGGGAAGCACACAAAGCAUAAUGAAAUGGCCGCGAAGAAUUCUGCCUCGGUCAGCAGAAAGAGGGUUGGUGAAGCGACUCCUCUCCUCGAAAGCACACAGAUGCCUGACAAUGCGGACCAUGGCAUACUCUUCCAUCUACGUGCAAUUGCAGGAGGGAUUGCCCGCGGUACAGUCAAUACUCUGGCGAAUAUAUUUAGCUGCUUCGCGUCACGCGCUCGGAAAAGCAAGAGUCGAAAGUGA